UUCCAAAAUAGGAAAAGCAAGUGAGCCGUGACCUCAAUGGUCAGUGACAUGAUUAGUACACAGGUGUCUUGUUCAUUGACAAGUACACAGUACAAUUCAUUCCUCCUUCAUAUUAUAUGCGGAUUUAUUCGAUGUAGUAUAUCUUUACAAAAGUGAGAUCUGUUUGGGAUAUUUUUAUUAAUGGUAACAUACGAAGAAAGUCAAGAUGUUCAGUUUUCACAAACCAAAAAUUUACAGAAGCAUUAAUGGAUGCUGUAUUUGUCGAGCCAAAUCCUCCAGCUCGCGAUUCACAGACAGCAAGAGAUACGAGUGUGAAUUUGAAAAGUGCUUCCGUAUUCGCGAAAAGAGAGCUGGAGAAAUAUGCAAUGCUUGUGUCCUUUUAGUAAAGAGAUGGAAGAAGUUACCAGAAGGAACAAGUCGACAUUGGCACCAUGUUGUGGAUGCCAGGGCUGGACCAGGAAUCAAGUCAUCCAUGAAGAUCAAGAACAACAAGAGUCCCAGCAGCAGCAAGUACAAGUCCCCCCUCAAGUCCAAGAAGAUGUACGCCCACAGAAUUCCCAGCUCCAUCUACGACAUGUCAGUGAAUGAAGAUAGCUGUGACAAGGAUGAGUUUGAGGGCAGUGACAGCGAGGAGUCGGAAGUUGAGGAGAGUCAGGAGAAUUGUCAGCGCAAGAACAAGAGGAAGCAGUCCGACCCCCGCAUUAGUCCCUUCCUGGAUCUCAGCUACUGGAAAAAGACAGAGGUUUGCUGUGGCACAAUAUUCAAGGGUCUGAACGGGGAGGUACUGGUAGAUCCUCAGUUACUGCAUCCCUGCUACACCUGUCGUAAAACCGGGACCCGUCGCGGAGGGGAAAUCAGGCGCAGCCAAUCCACCGAUGACACCGAGAGUAAUUCCAGCACAAAUAGCUUCGGAGAAACCGAAUAUCUAGACACGUCCUGUGUGGAUAACGAAAUAGACAGUAUUCCCUCUCUGGAAAACAGUGCUGCCCUCUCCCUGGCAGAGUUUAAGUGUUCCGAUGCAUUCUCACAACCACCUCCACUUGCCAUGGAGUGUUAAACACAAAAAAAAUGUGUGAACUGUUUUAAUCUCUCCAUGGUGGACUCUCUUGCCAAGAAGUGCAGCAAAUAUUGAAAUAUCAAUGUGAAUGUUAGUAUUUAUGUGUGUGGAGUAUAUGUGAAUUAAUUUAAUUUUGUAUGAAAAUCUUGUGUGAAUGGUAUGAGUGUGUUAUUUUCUCUUCUGUGAGAUUUUAAAAGAAAAUAUGAUCUGGUUUCAACUGUGAACCCAUAUAUACUCAAGAACCAGGGGGAAAAUAUAAACUGUUCAGUGUAAAAGUGAUAUUGUCAUUUCCAGACCAAAGCGGCUUCGUGGGCUCUAGUCAGGAAAUACCAGUCAGAAGCCAUGCCUUGUGAAGUCAAGCACAUAACGUUAUUACAUGACCCCGUGUGAUCCUUCGUGAAAGUCUGCCUGGAUACAUGCAACAAAUGAUGCACGGAUUGCCUGAUGAGAAUUCCUAGUUAAAAAAAAGAAAUUUUGUUGCCAAAAUGCUCAUUAUAAAUAUGUAUUAUAUACAAAUGUAUAACAUAUAUAUGGAAAACUUUUUACAACCAAAUUUGAUACUAAUGUUUUUUAUUGGUACACUGUACAGAGUACCCAGCACCAUACUGUAUCCUUCAUCAUCAGGCAUUUUUACUGUUGUUCCUAUGGUAUUACGACAACACUAAAAUCAUGGUCAUCCUACGUUUUGUGUGUAUCUGAGGCCAUUCAAUACAAGGUGCAUUGCAGUGACGUUAAAACUUGAACAAACUUUUAUUGAUUAUUUUUUAUCUGUGUAAUAUGAUUAAGGUCCUUUUUAUGAUUUCUCAGGUUGCUAUUAUUCAUUGGUCAAACUCACUAGAACUUUCUUGAGAUGUGAAAUGCGGAAAUGAGAUGUCAUAAAAAGGAUUUCCUAAUAUAUAUUUAUUCUUAUUUAUAAUAUUGGUACGGAGGUGCCAAUGUCUUGUAUAUAUUGUUGUACAAAGAUUUUAAUCAGUUAUUAUUUAUUUGCAAAGGUAUCAUCCAAUGCAAUUUUUUUUUUUUGCUCUGUUCACACCUCUGGUUGUUUUUCUCUCAUCCUAUUACAAUACUCAACCAAAGAACAAUGCAUUCAGAUGGUCUAAGAACUAUUAGGCAUUAAUUAUAAACAGAUAGGAAUUUUUAGAAACAUAAGUUUUUCUGUAUAAGUUUUUGGCCUAAAAAUCGUUUGUUAAUAUAAAGGAAAUUGUCAUGAUUUAAGACUACAAAAAAAAAUUUGCUUUUCAUCCAGGAAGUCAAGUAAAAUUAUUUCAUUGGAAGAUGUCUCAUGGGGAAGUAAGCAUUACUAAAGUGAUAAGAUACAUAAUCAUUUAUGCUAUUGACAUCAGUACAUUUCUGGCAAGGCAUUAUGCACUGAUAAUUUGGUGCUGCAGUUUAUUUGUAUUUAUUUCACAAUUUAAAGAUGCUCAUAACAUCAGACCACCAUGAAUUUCGUCUCCCCUCCCCCCGAUAUUUUGUGUUUUUGUUUGUACAGGUGCAUAUCAUAUACUUAUCUAUAGUUCUUGUAGAGUUGUUGUAAUAAUAGGAUCUGAGUGUCAAUUCCUGUGAUUAGACUGACCGGUGUAAAUAUAUAUGUGGCCAGAAAUCAUUUGCCGUGUUCUCUUACCAAGAUGUAUAAGUGAAUACAACGUGAAAGGAAAAUUUCCACCAAAGUAUAUAAGAAGCAUAUUAUUGUUGUUUUGAUAUUGUGAAGACAAGGCAAAUGAUUUCAGUAAGACUAUAUUGAUAUUUAUAUGUAUGAAAAUGUAGUAUUUGUUGUACAAUCUCGUUAUGUAAAUUACAUAAUUUAAUGAUAAUUUUUAUGGUUAUGUGAAACUGAAAAAUGAAAUUUUAAAUGAUUGAAAAACACCAUACGCAUUGGAAGACAAGUGUAUAUUGUUAAGUUUUAGUCACUGUACAUAAGGGUUUAGAGCGUUUUAAUGUUCCAUUAUAAAAGUUAUUUAUAGAUAUAUUGGUCAACUACCUGGUAGUAUGCAUGUCUUUCUUAAAGUUCUUACCUCUAGGAAAAAUAUAGCCAGUUGUUGUCUUGUGUUGAAUGUUAUAGGAGGAUCCAACAUUUCUCUGAAGUGGUUAACUGCAAAAUAAGGAGGUUAUUUGGGGAAUAUUUUUUUAAUUUUAAAGAAAAAAUUUUGGAUCCUCCUCAGUAUUUUUUCCCAACUCCUUGAUCAGCUGUUAUAUCACAGUCAAAUGUGUAGAAUUGACCUACAGGAACCGUAAUAUUUGUUUAACUUAUUGUGUCAGUCCCCUCUCUCCCCCAACCCCCCAAAUCACAUGACUGUUGUACUUAAUCAACCCUUCAUCAUUUAGAAAAACCCUGGACUUGUACAUCCAGGUAUUGCAAAGUUAACUGACGUUCUGCUAGCACUAGCUACUUUUCACUGUGAAUGAGAUUUGCUUUAUUUCCUUUGAUUUGAUCAGGGAUAUUUUUUUCUCAGGGUAAACCCCCCAGUAACUGUUUGAGUUGCCGUAUCAUAGAGUGUCUGUCUGGAAUUUUUUAUAUUAUAUCCAAGUGUGGAACUUCCCCCUUUUUUAUACUGAGAAAGAAGCAAGUGUUGCCAACGAUUUAUAUUUAUACUUUUUAAACUAAUAUUUAAAAAAAAAAAUGAACAAAAACAUUAUCAUUGAGUUGCUAAGCAGCGUUCUACCAUUGCUGUGUGUGACAAUUUUCUUUACUGUGUGCUUGUUCCUGGCAUCUAAUGCAGUGUGUAGGAGUAUCACCCCCUCAUAAUGUGUGUGGAGAUGUUUUUAUCAAGGUCAAACCUGUUCCUGUCAAGGACACUGCCACAUGGAACGCAAAGCCAUUGUAAACCUCAACAUUUUUAUAUGUUCUCCAGAAAUACAAUGACUGAUCUCAAUAUUUAUAUGUAUAUUGUGUAUGCAUGACAUAUGAGUAUUUAUACUUAAAUGCCAACUUGAGAAAUGUACCCAGUUAGGGCCAGUAAGGAAUAUAUAAUAAUCUGUCCAGAAUUUGGUUCAUAAUAUUUUUUUCCCUUUUUAUACAUGUAUAUAUUAUAUAUCGAUUGCAUGUGAAUUUUUUUGCUUUUUGUAGUGUAAGGUUUGUGUUUGAAUUUUCCAGAGUCGCUCAAAUAUUCACUGUAGGAAAAAAAUACACAUUGACUGUUCUUGGUUAGAAAACAUAAACAAAAAACCAAACAAGGAGUUGAACACUAUUUUUUAAUGUCUACCUCAGAUAUCCAGAACAGGAUAUAAGAUGGGUAUUGUCCAUGUUGUAUACUGUAAUCUGGAGGGCAAAAUCUGGUUUAAUCUUACUUAACCUGUCCUGUUAUAUUCAGCAAGAGGCAGAGGAAGCAUUUUGUAUUCUAAGUCUUAGUACAUUUGAAGGCUUGGUCUUCCAAAAGAAAUUGCAACUCGCAUCGAAUUUCUUUUCUAUACUAUUUUCUAUUCAAAUUCCCAGGAACUUUCUUUUCAUUUUGUGAAAAUUCUUGAUAAUAGAAACUAGGGCAGUUUUUAAAAAAGAGUAAACAAUGCCAAAGAAGAAAUUCGGUUAUGGUGUAAGGUUUCAACAUGUUUUCCUCUCGAAUCCUCUUGAAAAUGGGACAGUUUCUGUUACAUGCCAGUAUAAGCUAUAUAGAUGACAUUCCGAAGUGACCAGUGUGGCGGAAUAUUUCUCUAUGUCCUCUCAUUUGUACAUUUCAUUAUUAAAGCAUUGUAUUGAAAAAAAA